AGACUGUUCUGCCUCAAAGGAUUCUUCAUGUAGAUUGGAUACAAGAGACGUCGAUACAUCAAAGUUUUAUGGCUAUAAGCUUGCGUCUCCUAUUGUUAGAGUUCCUGAGCUCCAUGGCUCAGGCUGCUCCCAAGACAUGGGACCCUGCCUCAACCUAUGCUCCCUCUGAGAUUACUCAUGAAGUCCCCAAAAUUGUCAUUGCUUUGUUGAAGCUAGACUGGUUCCAGAAAUACUUUCCUGACUUCAACUUCAAGGAAGGACUCAUCGCUGAACUGAUUAGUGAGGAACCCCCGCCCAAGAAGGCCUAUGAGGAGCUUAGUGAUGAGGAACUUGAGGAGGAACUUGAGAAGAAACGGAAGAAGGAGAAGUUGCUGUAUCAGACAUACCCAGAAUUCUUCACGGUGGAGGGUGUAGCCACGAUGCUGCUGAAGGUCCUGGAGAAAGCCAAGUGGGCUGACGGCACCCAGGUCAUGUUGCUGCUCAUGGAGAUGGUACCGUGGCUGGGAUUAGAAUUUCGAAGGAAGCUGCAGAUGUCGCUAUUGAAAAUUCUCAACAGAGAUCCUCCCCCAAACCUUGUGGAUAAGGUAGAGAAGAAAUAUGUGAUGACGGCCCUGCAGUUGCUCAUGGUUGGCGUUCUGGGAUCCCGAGGCCUGGUCCUGGAACUCAUGUCCUACUUCCUCUACUCACCCUCUCGCUGCAGACCUGUGCUAAAGACGCUGUUAGAAGAUUUGGGCCUGAGGGACCCCCAUAAUUUCCUGUUUAAGGAAAUGGUGACCUGGGCAGAAGGGAAAGAUUUAAGCAGCAAGGCGGCCUUGAGAGGGCGAUGUGGACAGAAGCUGGAACUUAUGAUUAAGAACCUUCGGAACUACCUGAAAAUGAACUUCCUAGGAGUUACUUGGCAGGAGGGGGUUCCUACCCGUUCCCAGAAGACUCUAAGUGAGGAAAGCCUCUCGACGCUGCUGUCUUCACUGCUGCCUGAGCCUCCCUCAGCGAAGCAGAAGUCCAUUUACUCAUUGAGAGCUUCCAAGCCUUCCCUCAGGAUUUCCCCCAAGCCUUCCGCAGAGCUUUCCGCCGCGAUUUCCGAGCUUUCCCCCAAGAUUACCCCCAAGCAUUCCCCUGAGCACUCCCCUAAGCAUUCCCCUAAGCUUUCUCCCGAGCCUGCCCCUAAGCCUUCCUUUGAGAUUUCCCCCAAGAUUUCUUCCAAGACUCCCUCCAGGCUUUCUCCUUUGGCUUCCCAAAAGCUUUCUCCCAAGUUUCCCCCCAAGUUUCCCUACAAGGUUUUCCCCAAGACUUAUUUCAAAUUUUCUUCCAAGCCUUCCUCCAAACCUUCCCCCGAACCUUCCCCCGAACCUUCCCCCGAACCUUCCCCCGAACCUUCCCCCAAGCCCUUGGACCAGGCUUCCGAGCUUUCUCCCAAGUCUUCUCUUGAGGCUUCUCUCAAGUCUCUGCUCCAGCCUCCUUUAAAGCCUUCGGUGAGGUUUUCUUCCAAGCCUUACACCAGGCUUUUGGGUUUUCGCCCCGGUCUAUCCCCCUUCUUUUCUCCCCCUUUCUGGAGCAGUCCCGGCGAGGCUUUCCCCAGCUCUGGCAUCCCGACGCCCACAGAUUCUAGAGCUAUCUCCCCGGCUUCCUUCCGAUUCAUUUCUCUUAGCCAGCCCCCUCUCCUGCAAAGGGCGGUGUCGGAGCCGCAGUGGUCGUACCCCUAUGAGAGGAAGCUGGUGGCCCGCCACUCGGCUCCCGCCUCCCUCAUGCCGGGCUGGCUGCCGUUUGCGGAAUACAGAUACCCAUUCUUGGAGACCGCCGUCUCCCGGCUUCCGCUUCCCGAGGAGGAUUACGAGAUCGAAAUCACCCAGAUCCAUCCUCUCAGCUUCUUCCUUGAGCAGCGGCUCCAGGCGCAGAAGGAAAGGCUGAAGAUGCGGGCAGCCUUGCGCCACGUCAAGCCCAACACCAUUGUCAUGCAGCCGCGAGACGUCCUGCUCCCUAGCUACGGUACCACUAAAGGACGAAAGAUCCUCCGACUUCAGGAGCGUGGAGAUCCCCAGGCACUGCUAACUCCGCUGGUUGAGGCGAAAAAUUACCACAAGAUCCGCCGUCGCACGGGUACCAUUUCUCGUUCACUGAAGCUCCCUCUGCCUCGAGUGGAACCGAUUCCCUUCCCCCCAUCCUGGCCACCUGCAUCCCGCCCGCUCCCUCCCUCGAUCCUGGAGGAUUCCUUGCAGCGCUAUUUCCUACCCAAACUUGCCCGACCAGAGAAUUACCGAUGAGCCCCAUCCGGGCUUCUGACUGUCCCCCCCACCCUUCCCCCCAACCCAGACACAGACUGGUCCCCAGGGGCCCGAUUGCGGAUAGAUCUGGCUACAACUAGCCCGCGGCAGGGCCUCCGCCACAGCCCCCUCGGGGGCCAAGGCUCCCCCUAGGGCCAGGCAAACAGGACUGCCGAUGAAUAAAGAGAAUGUUUCACCUAA